AAAUUUUUAGAAACAAUGAAUGCAAGGGAGACAGAAUUAAUUAACAGACUUGAACAUGUCAAAGACAUUAGAUCAAAGACAUUGCACUUGGAAAAAGUUCGAGGCAAGCUUCGCCAAGAAUUUGAAAACACAGAGAAUGAAGAAAAAAGACUAGAAGAAUACAAACAAGAAAUGGAGUUGCUUCUUCAAGAAAAAAUGGCGCAUGUUGAGGAGCUACGACUCAUUCAUGCUGAUAUUAAUUUGAUGGAAACUACAAUCAAGCAGGCAGAGGAGGAAAGAAACAGAUCGCUGGAGUCAGCCAAAAAGUUAUAUGAAGAGUUCCGUCCCCUGAAAGACGAGGUGGAUCAGCUGAGGGGCGUCAUAGGGCUGGAGAAACUCCCCGAUCUCCAGGAGGAGGAGGAAAAACUCACCCCCGAUUUCUUUGAGAAGCAAAACACAGAGUGGACAAGUGAGCCCCCUCCUGAGCCCCCCGUCCCCCAGACCAUGUCUGUUCCAGCAGCCACGCCCACUCAGAUUCAGGUCCCCAGGACCCAGAAACCCCCAGAGCCUAGGCAGCAAACAUUCCGUCAACAGCCACCCCCAAUGAAGGCCUGCCUUUCUUGUCACCAACAAAUUCACAGAAACGCGCCAAUAUGUCCACUGUGUAAGGCAAAGAGUCGUUCCCGAAACCCUAAAAAACCAAAGAGGAAACUGGACGAGUAAGGAAUGCAAUGCAAUAAGAAGCAAUAUACCUGAACAUGACCAGAGUUCUGUGAAGGAUUUAUAAACAUCACAAACUCUGCUGAUUUCCAUGCCAUAGCGGACUACCGAUAGUUUAUGUCAUUAUGUGGGUAGAUGAGGCAUUAGGCUUCACAUAGAAAGUUGAAAUAGUCCAUGCCUAUAUAUUCAACAUUUAAAUAAGCAGAAUACAGAUUUGUCCAAGAAAGUCCAAGAAAUCAAUGUUUAAUGUGUUCAAUUGUCAUGUAGAUGGGCUCAUAUUAAGUUUUAGAUUUUGCAAGCUUUCACACUGUUGUUAGUACAUGAUAUAUGAAUAAAUGUACAUUGUACAUGUAUGUAAGGUUGUGAAUUACAAAACUGUUACCAAACAAUUCAGCAUUAUCAUUUCAAAAAAGCAAUAUUCUAUUUUUAGAAUGUUUUAAAGUAUCAUGUUCUCAAAAGCUUAUGCAGGCAUCAUAGAUAUAUUUUAUUUGUUAUAAUUUUUCUUUGUUAGUUAUCAUGCAGUAUUUGUCUUGUAGAUGUACUUUUUUAAGAUAA